AUGGUUUUUAUUAAUUACGCUAUUUUAGAUUUUCUUUUCUUAAUUUAUUCUUGUAUAAUAAAAAUAAGUUCUCAUUUUUUGUCAUUUACUUUUAUGGGGGUUGAAACUCUCAGAGAUGACCCUCUCCAGGAGGCGAUUCCAAGGUGGUUCAAUUGGGCCGAGUUGGUAUAUAAUGUGAGCGGUGUUCACCUACCAAUGUCGGAAUAUCUGCAUCGUGGUUACUGCAAGCUAGACGAAACAAAAGAUUAUAUGCAGACAGCGGUGAAUGCUUUCGCUAUUAUACUGAAUGGAGAUCUAGUUGACAUUGAACGAUUAUCAUCUGAAUACGUUCUUCGUUCAGCAAGAACAAUAUCCAUGAUGAAAUUACCAAAAGAAAAAUUAACGGCCAUGUGGAAUGUUGUCAAAGGGAGAACACAAACAGUUGAUAUAAGUUACGAAACGUUAGAAAGAUAUAGACCCCUCUUUAAAUACAUUAGUGGGAAGGAGAUAGCACGAUUGAAUCUCAGUGAUCCGAAAAUAUUGUCGUUUAUUGGUACGCACGCGGAAUUGGACAGGCAUCAGGUCGGUGUGAUUGCCAGUAAAUAUAUUAGCUUAAAUCCGAAAUGGUCUGAGCCGAGAAAUUUAAAUAUAAUGAAUAAUAUACUAUGUGGUAUCCCUAUGACGUUUAUGAGGCAACUACCCGAGAACACGUUUCUGCAAUUAUCACAUCAGGUGUUUUAUCAUAUACACGCCUGUGACCCUUUACAGCGCCGCUUCUAUCUUGCUUUUAUGAGUGGAACUCAGGUGUUAGGCAAGUCAUACAGCUGGAGCGCGAGUGACGUAGCUCGGCUUGGUCUUCUAAUGGCAGAAGUGACUGGACCAGAUUUAAGUUCUAUCAAUCCUAAAUCUAUGGCUGGACUUACUUCUAAAGUGAUGCUGACAAUGUCGCCACAUAAUUUACAAUACUUAACAGAGGCACAACUCAAGUACUUAGGGCAGAAACCUCUAAACAUUUUGGCGAGAAAACUGAAAAAAUAUCAAGAUCAAAUGCAAAUAUACGAAAAUCGUCGUCAAUGA